AUGUCCGACCCGAUCCCUUUCGUCAGCGCCGCCAUCGCGAGCCCGCAGAGACCCGCAAGACGCCAGCCGGCGGGCACGGGCCGCUUGCGCGCCGCCCGAGGCAACCGGGGCGAAAUUUGCGCAGUCACAGCUGCUGAUUCCAAAAUCCGGCCAUGGCCCCCGCCGCUCACGCAUCGACCCGAAAAAGGGGCAGCACCCGUGUGUGGUGCGCCUGACCGCUGCCUUCCGCUCGGCCAAUUUGGAAGGCGCCAUGCGAGCCCGGCCGCGGCAUUGACGCGGAAUCCGGGCGAAGGGCGUUUGGGGCCGCUUGCCGAGGGUUUUCUGCCCUUCAUCAAUCGAGGCGCAAACUACUGCGCUGCACACAAGUCCCAGCAGAGCCCCACCUCACCCCACCCCACCCCCCACCUCCUGCUUGAAGCUGACGUCCCCAGCUGGCAAACUUUCAUGAGGGCGGCCUCGGAGGGGCUGACAAGGUAG